ACGCUGGAUAUAAACCGAAGAGCCUCGCGGAUUGAUUCAGAGCAGAGAAUCUAAUUGAGACUGCGAGUUUGAGCCUCUUUUUAAGGUUUUAACUGAGUUUUUGUCUCAGAAGUUCAUCCAUAUUUUCUUCAGCUGGCGUUGACGAGAGAAGAAAAGAAGAUGAAGUACAUUAUAGGAAUUGGCGGAGUCACAAAUGGUGGUAAAACCACUUUGACAAAUAAACUGAUCAAGACUUUGCCCAACUGCUGUGUUGUGCACCAAGAUGACUUUUUCAAGAAACCCGAUCAAAUAGAAGUCGGGGAGGACGGCUUUAGGCAGUGGGAUGUGAUCACAGCUUUGGACAUGGAGGCCAUGACCAACACGAUAAGAGGCUGGAUCGAGAACCCUGUAAAGUUCGCUCGCUCCCACGGCGUCACUCUAUCGCCUGCCCCUGACAUGGCCAAGCCCGAUGAGCAGAGCCACAUCCUGAUUGUGGAGGGCUUUCUGCUCUACAACUACCUGCCCCUGCUGGAGGUCUUUGAUAAGUGCUACUACAUUGCAGUUCCGUAUGAAGAGAGCAAAAGAAGAAGAAGUACGAGACAGUACACUGUCCCUGACCCUCCCGGCCUGUUCGAUGGCCAUGUUUGGCCCAUGUACCUGAAGCACAGGAAAGAAAUGGAGGACUGCUGCUUAAGUAUAGAGUACCUUGAUGGGUUGAAAACCAAAGAGGAGAUCUACAACCAGGUGUAUGAGGACAUUCAGAACAACCUGCUCAAUCGUUUAUAGCAUCAAGUCUUCACACCUGUACAGACUUUGUAAAUAACUGAUUCUUUUUUUUUUUUUUUGACC